AUGAACGCUUCGAUCACGGGUGCGUGGGCGAAGCAGCGGCAGCUGUCGCUCAACUCGCCGGUGCCGCCGUCGAAGUCGGCCGCGGCCGCGGCGGCUGCGCGCGCGGCGAAAGGCGAGGACGGCGGCGAAGCCGGCCCGUCGUCGCGCGCGGCCGAGCCCAAGACGACCAAGCGCAAGUCGCGCUCCUCGCGCACCGACUCGACCAAGCGUGGGCGCACGUCAAAGAAUGCGCGUACGACUUCGGACGAGUACGAUGCGCCGACGACGCGCCUGCGCGACAUUGGUGGUGCCGAGUCGGCGAUUGAGAAGGCGCUCGAGCUCGUGGCAAUGCCGCUGUGCCACCCCGAGAUUUAUCUCCAUACCGGUGUGACGCCCCCGCGCGGCGUGCUCUUCCACGGCCCGCCGGGAUGCGGCAAGACAAUGAUGGCCGGCGCACUUGCAGGUGAACUCGGUGUGCCAUUCUUGUCAGUCAGUGCCCCGAGCAUCGUGUCCGGCACGUCGGGCGAGUCGGAAAAGGCGCUGCGUGAUACCUUUGACGAGGCGCAAAAGAUUGCGCCGUGCAUCCUUUUUAUCGACGAGAUCGACGCCAUCACGCCCAAGCGCGAGACGGCGCAGCGCGAAAUGGAGCGCCGGAUCGUCGCACAGCUGCUCACCUGCAUGGACGGCCUCGCGUGGGAGAAGGGCGACGGCCGCCCCGUCAUGAUCCUCGGCGCGACGAACCGCCCCGACUCGCUCGACCCCGCGCUGCGCCGUGCCGGACGCUUUGACCACGAGAUUGCGAUGAGUGUGCCGAACGAGGAUGGGCGCGAGCAGAUCCUGCAGGUGCUCUGCUCCAAGUUGCGAGUCGCGGGCGACUUCAACUUGCGGUACCUCGCGAAGCGCACGCCGGGCUAUGUCGGUGCGGACCUCACGUCGCUCACGGCCGCGGCCGGCAUCAUUGCCGUGAAGCGCAUCUUUCAGGACCUGAGCAACGAGCCGGCGCCGCUGCAGAUCACCGAGGUGCACGAGUCGGUCGAGAUGCAGUGCGACGGCGACGAGGUCAAGGCCGAGGUGGCCACGACCGAGGCGCAGGCAGAGACACCCGAAGCGCCGGCGGACGCCCCCACCGAGGCCCCCACCGAGGCCCCCACCGAGGCCCCCACCGAGGCCGAGGCGCCUGCCGAGCCAGCGAGCGCCGAGCAGGCGCUUUCCGAGCCGUCCAAGGCGGUGAUUGCGAACCCCGACUUUUUCGAGGCGCUGCCCGAAAAUGUGCGGCGCUCGUCGAUCGCCGCGUUCCUCGAACGCUUCCCCGACCCGCUGCCCGAGUGGCAGCUUGAGCGCCUGGCCAUCACGAACCAAGACUUUUUGGAAGCGCUCGACGUGGUGCAGCCCUCGUCGAAGCGCGAGGGCUUUGCGACGGUGCCCGAUGUGACGUGGGAGGAUAUCGGUGCCUUGCACCAUAUUCGCGAGGAGCUGAGUAUGGCCGUCGUGCAGCCGAUCCGGCGCCCCGAGCUGUUCCACGCGCUCGGUGUCGACGCGAGCUCCGGCGUGCUCCUCUGGGGCCCGCCCGGGUGCGGCAAGACGCUCCUUGCAAAGGCCGUCGCGAACGAGAGCCGUGCCAACUUUAUCAGCGUUAAAGGCCCGGAGCUGCUGAACAAGUACGUCGGUGAGAGUGAAAAGGCCGUGCGCCAGGUCUUUGCACGCGCGCGCGCCUCGUCGCCGUGUGUCAUCUUCUUUGACGAGCUCGACGCGCUGGUGCCGCGGCGUGACGAUUCGCUGUCCGAGUCGUCGGCGCGCGUCGUGAAUACGCUCCUGACGGAGCUCGACGGUCUCGAGUCGCGUGUACAGACCUAUGUGAUUGCGGCAACCAACCGCCCCGACAUGAUCGACCCUGCCAUGUGCCGCCCCGGCCGCCUGGACAAGCUGCUCUACGUGGAUCUGCCGAGCGCCUCGGAGCGUUUCGAUAUUCUGCGCACGCUCACGAAAAAGACGCCGCUCGCGCACGAGGCCGACGCCGACGCGACCCGGCACACGGUCGACCUCGAGGUCGUUGCAAACGACGCCCGCGCCGAAGGGUACAGCGGUGCGGACCUCGCCGCGCUCGUGCGCGAGGCCGCCGUCACGGCGCUGCGCGAAAAGAUCGUGUCCCCGAUGCACUACGGCGACGACGCACCCCCCACCGAGCGUGUGUGCAUUUUCCAGCACCACUUCCUCCAGGCCUUUGACCGUGUGCUCCCCAGUGUGAACCGCGAGCAGCGCAAGAAGUACGAGCUGCUGCGCGGCCGCCUCGCCACCGGCGCCGCCGUGCGGGGUUCGUAG